AUGCCGGAAGGAGGUCAGAUUGUCCCCACGGAUCAGCCGCCAUGUCCGGUUAGAACUCGCCCUGCUAUCGUCUACAGGGAUUGUUUAUCAAGGGGUACAGUUCAGAAAGCAGACCCAUUUGAUGUACAGAGAGAUAUCGAAGAACUCCAUAAAGCAUUCAAAAGUGCAGACGAUAACGUUAUCACAGACAUCUUAUCAAGACGAACUAAUGAUCAGAGACAGGUUAUCGCAAAGGCAUAUCAGGAGAAAUAUAACACGAACCUCCACGAUGAGUUAAAGGUAGACCUGAGCGAGCAAUAUCGGAAAGCUGUGAGUGGUCUCCUUGAGGACCCCUUUAUUUUCCUCGCAAAACAUGUUCGUCACACUUUAAAGAGUUCGGCGCUCACCCAUAAAGAUGUCGCCUUAUUGGAGAUUUUAUACCCGUUGGAACCACAGGAGGUUGAUGCUAUCGUGCAGGCGUAUAGAGAAGAAUACGAUCACAAUCUUGAAGAGGAGAUUGAGAAAGAAAUGAACGGAGUAUUCAAGGGUAUACUUGUUCGUCUAGUCACAGGGAAGCGCAGUACGCAUCGAAAAGUCGACGUUCCUCAACGGAACAAAGAUUUAGAAUACCUCAGAAAUAAUACCGAAGAACGCUUGCAAUCAGCUGAUGAUAAUGUCAUUAGGAUCUUCGGUAAUUCUAGUUUACCGCAACUGUCUUCCAUUUUCCUCAAUUUUGACAAGGCUGGAGGUUGUACGCUGCAAGAGUUCAUCAGAAACAGUGAUAUGGAGGCGCAUAGCAAGGAAGCAUUCAGUGUAAUGGUGAAAAGUGUGUACAAUCGAACAGGGUUCUAUGCCGAUCAGCUCCACAUGGCUAUUAAAGACAUUAGUGCAGGCAGUGAGGACAAGCUCAUGAGAAUUGUCAUCUCAAGAUCAGAGAUCGACUUGGAAAAUAUAAAGGACUUCUUCCAAAGCGCGUACAGUCACACACUCACCGAUUUCGUUUACGACGACACGAGCGGAGACUACAGGAACCUACUGCUUCGAUUGGUCGGCAUGUAGACUUCAUUGUCAAGAGACAUCGGUUUAAUACUAAGCAUGUCCAGCUAUCUCAGAAGAAGCUUUGUUUGGGGUUUUGCAUACAUUCGCAUGUUGUUUUUGUUAGUUCGUUUCCUCUUCCAGUAUCCUUAGCUAGUAAUUGAUUUCCUACUUUUCACCUUUCUUUUCUCCACAAAGACACAUUUUCCACUCUUUCUAGCUUGUAAACGUUAGAAUUCUUGUAUCCCUCCCCUUCUGGUCUAUGUAUUUCCACUCUUUGCUAAUGUAUUUUUUUUUAUGUCAUUGCUAUAAAAUCCCUCCGAAGAAUUACAUUUUUUACAAUAGGGAAACACCUCUCUACCUGGCGGUGAAAUAUGCAUUUUUGUGUCAUGGAGAAUUGUUUUGUCUCUUUGUAUAUUCUUUUUGUUAUUUCAUUUUUAUUCUGUCAUUCAUGAUAGAGAGAACCAGCAGUACACAGAUCAAAUUUUCAGCCUUUUGCUCUGUGAAUUUUACUCUAUUUAUUGAGAUAUAAAUAUUUCCAGCCUGGACCAUCCCUUUAAAAUGACAAUACCUCCCCCAUCCACGAAAUAAAAAUGUUUCUGAUGGAUUUCGCUAUUAUGGCCUGCAUUCCAACAUGCAACAAUAAGUCACCCAAAAAUGAAUUUUGAGAUUUUCUUGAGCUUGAAAAGGCAAAUCCUAAACUUUAAAAUAUCCUGUCAAAAUUGAACAACAAUAAAUCCACAUACAUGUAGUACUUGAUUGAAUGUAGAAGAACUUCAUCAAAGCUCUAAAUUUUUGACAGUAUUAAGAUCAAAUUAUUGUUUUACAUGUACAGUAGCUACAUGUAUUUAAAGACAACAUUCCCAAGUGAUUUAUUGUUGGAUUUGGGUUGACUGGUCCCUUUGAAAAGAAAUGAUAAAAAAAACUUAUUGGGUAAUGGCCAAUGAUUUCGACUAAAAAUUAUAUGCAUGCAAUAAUCAUCAUCAUUAUUCCACAAAUCAUGUUAUCUGCUUUUCCCUCACUCAAACCUUCCAUGUUCACCUUAAAUUUGACUCACUCCUAUAGAUAUAUCACACAAAAACUGUGGCUGAAUUUUGUACAUAAUAAUAAUCAUCUUUUUAAUACAUAAUAUUAACAGACAAUAAGUAUAUAUUUAUAUAUAAGUUAUACAAAUCAUAUCUCUCAAUUUGCCUAUAUAAUAGGAAAUGUUAUAAAAAUGCGGCUAUUUUUAAGCAAAUCAAUUGUAUUUCUGCACGAAUUCAAACAGUAUUGCCAUAAUGUAAUUCAACGAUGAAUAUUCUUAUUCAUAACUUAAAGUAUGAAUAGCAGACAUAACGAGGCAAGAACACAUUAUUAGUUUGUAUUGAGAAACAAAUAAUGCAUAUUUUCAAGUGUCUAGGAUGUUACAAUCAUCUUUUGUACUAAGCAUGAUAAAAAAAAGGUCCAAACUUUAAGAGAAUCUCACACUGACAUCAAGAUCAUUUUAAUAAAACCCAAAAGAAAAAGGAAGUAAUGAAGAUUCUAUAAAAUCCAUCAAAGAAUAUCAGCAGUAUGUUUUUGUUAUGUUUAGGGUUUUUUUCUCCACACAAAUUAGGAGACUGUUUUUCAGUCAAUAAGACUUUACCAUCAUUGCCAUGUUUCUCUGAUAAAGCUUUUUCUGAUCUGCACUCAAAAAGUUUACGCAUGUGACGCCCCAAAUUAAAAGAUUCUUUGAUGGAUUGACAUCAAACUUUCACCAACACAGAUUUUUUCCUUAUUUUUCAAUCAAAAUGAACUUGAUGGCAGAGUGGACUUCUUCUUUAGCGCUGUAUACGACAAUCACAUGACAAUGAGAUUGAUGAAACAUUACGAUCAUAAAUUUGAAUAACUUGUGUCAUAUUUGUACAGAAUACUUUUGGAUUAUUUCUUGCUAAAUCCUUAAACUUUUUAUGAAUUGUUUUAUUUUGGAGUCUCAAGUGAAGACAACUUAGUUCUUACUCGUAGAAUGUAUACAGUGUGCAGAUACGAUCGAUGACCCUUUAAGUUUUACGUUUAUUUGAGUCCCAAUAGAAGCGGUGGUCUUACUUGUAGAUUGCUGGUAGCAAUCGUAUAAGAUCCGUGGUGGCAAUCACAUUGAUCACGGAAAAAAAUUGAAUGGUUCACACAUUUUCGAGAUCAGUUUUACAAAAGGCAAGUUGUGACGUUCGUAACGGAUCGUACAACAGGAAGAAUAAGGUGUGAUGCAUUUCUCAUUUUCUUUCCUUUGUGUCACAAUUUGUUUAUGCAUGUUUAUUCACAUGACCGGGCAAAAGAAGUUACCUAUGCCAAUAAUUCCAUUUUUCAGUAGCAGCGUUGCACGUUCAAGUUGCAAACUUGACUGAAUAGCUAUUUCUACAUCUGUAUGUGUCAUCUCAUAAAAUUAUAAAUGAACUGUAUAUGCGAAUGGGGAAGAUAAAAACAAUAGAGGCAUGGGUCAGCAGAACAAUGUUUGUAUGAAAAUAUCCUAUUAAUCUUGCUGUUAUAUUUUCAAAAGCUCACCAAAAGGCACACAAAUAUUCACUGCACGCGUGCACCGAAAGCCAUAUGAAUUUUGUGUUUUCAAAAAAAAAAUCACACCUGUCUCACUAAUUAA